AUGGUGGAGAAAAGAAAAGAAGGCGUUAGGUACCAUUUGAAGGAGGAGUACUCACAUCAUGCACCUGAAAAUCCACGAGAGUUGUUUAACCUACGCCAUGCAUCAUUAAGAAAUUCUAUUGAACGUGUUUUUGGAGUCCUAAAGAAAAGGUUUCCAAUAAUCAGAAGUGGAACUGAACCAUUUUAUUCAUGUGAAACUCAAUCGUCCAUAUUCUUGGCAUGUUGUAUCCUUCACAACUUUCUACUUGAGGAAGAUCGUGACCAAGAACUUGAAGACAAAGUGAUACAAGAGCUGUUAAACGGAACACCGGAUGAAAAUCAUGAUCCAACAAGAGACACAGAUGGCGGGGGAGAACAAAUAAGAAAUUCAAUUGCAAAUCAAAUGUGGAAUGACUAUGUAUCGGGAUUGAACAAUGAAGUUAAUAUGUCGUGAUUAGUGCUUUU